AUGUCGCCAGUACUCUCGCCGUCGCCGGUCAGGCAGCGCUCACGUCUGCCGUCGCCGUCAUCGUCGGCUGAGUCCCCCCGGAGCAGGUCACCAGUAUUCUCGCCGUCGCCGGUCAGGCAGCGCUCACGUCUGCCGUCGCCGUCAUCGUCGGCUGAGUCCCCCCGGCGCAUGUCACCGACGGCGACGGCGAGAGUACCUGUCGCCGUCCCGCCGUUGCCGGUCACGCAGCGCUCGCAUCAGCCGGCGCUUCAAGGACGACGAACCAAGGCGGCUUACAACAUCAGUUGCACUUUGUAUGGAAGAGAAUUUAAAAACCAGCGUCAAAAGUUCGACAAAAAACAAAUCGUCAUCCAAGGAAAUAACACCAAAAGCAUUGUUUCUGACCUCUGGCAAAAGGUUUCCAGCUACGUAGAACGGGAGGUGCUUAUCAGCACCGCCGGCAAGGCGGUGGUGAAAGCUACCUGGGCAGUCUUAGAUGACACUAGUCGAUUUGUGGAGAUCACAUUGUCCGGAGGAAACUGCAGAUUGACGUAUAAACCGAUACACAUCGUGCAGAAACCGAGCCUUCUCGACAAAAUUCCGCUCCGCUGAGACCGUGGAUAUAAUAGUCCAGCAACGUGAUAAACGUCACAGUUCACAAAGCCGUUGUUGCGCAGCUUUUCGAGAAGCCUGGAUGAAAGGAGAGCUGGGGUGGCCAUGGCAAAAGCGGUGCGAACGCUGAAGGACAUUGGUCAUCCGGACGUUCAUGAUAGAGAACGUGAAAAGGAGAAUACGAGGAGAGACAGCACGCAGAAGAAUUCGGCAUCAUCAAAUUGAUAAA